AUGGGUCAAGGUCGCCGCAUGAAGAAGCAGGGUAUCCCUGAGCCCCUGGACGAGUCGCUGGUGACGAGGAAGCGUAAAGAUGCGCCUGUCGCUGCGGACCCGGAGCGCAAGAAGAGAAGCAGGACAGCUGCACGAGAGGCGAGGGAAGCUAGGGAAAAGGGGGCCAAGGCGAAAGCUGUGCCCAAGACAAGAGUUGCUGGGAAGCCCGUAAAGCCUGUGAAGACGGCUGCUGCUAUCGUCAAUGGAGCAAAGGCCAAAGGAAAGGCUGCCAAGGCCGCUCCUGCUCCACCAUCCGAUGACGACGACGAAGACGACAUCUCUGAAGACGACUCUGACAUGAUGGACGAGGACGACAUCAACGUUACCGGGCUCGAUGCGCUUGGCAGCGCCUCUGAGGACGAAGAGUCCAUCGACGAAGACGAAUUCGACUCGGACAUUGUAGACUCGGAUACCGACAUCAGAAAAGGCGUUUCGAUGUGGUCAGACGAUGAAGAUGACGAGGACGCCGAAGAGAAGCUCACAGCAGCCAACAUUGCUGGAUUGUCCCGGAAGCUGGACGAGCAAAAAGCAAUUGAGGAGGCCGAGGCGCAAGCUGAAUUGGAAGAAAACAUGCAGACCAAUAUUGUUGGGGAGAGGCCCAAGAUUCUCGAGGACGACGAGGAUGAAGCGGGCAGGCCGAUUAUGAACCUGGUCAACCAGGAUAUCCAGCUGCUGAGGACAAGGCUCACCGAUACGAUUCGCGUUUUGGACGACUUUAAGAAUUUGGCUGAGGAGGGUCGCAGCAGGGCAGAGUACAGAGCAUCACUUCUGAAGGACAUUUGCGCUUACUAUGGUUACUCCGAAUUCCUUGCAGACAAGCUGCUGAGCCUGUUCCCACCGCGUGAAGCUCAGGCUUUCUUCGAGGCCAACGAAACACCGCGACCCGUCGUCAUCCGUACCAACACGCUUCGUACCCACCGACGAGAGCUGGCACAGUCGCUGAUCAACCGCGGUGUUCAGCUCGAACCAGUUGGCAAGUGGUCAAAGGUUGGACUGCAGAUUUUCGAUGCACAGGUGCCGCUCGGUGCUACGCCAGAGUACCUUGCCGGACACUACAUUCUGCAGGCUGCUUCUUCGUUCCUGCCCGUCAUGGCUCUUGCGCCUCAGGAGAACGAGCGAGUAUUGGAUAUGGCAGCUGCUCCUGGUGGUAAAACGACGCAUUUGGCGGCACUCAUGAAGAACACGGGAUGCAUUUUCGCCAACGAUGCCAACAAGGACCGUGCCAAGGGUCUGAUAGGAAACAUCCACCGUCUGGGAGCGAGAAACGUGAUUGUGUCUCACUACUCUGCGUUGGAGUUCCCUAGGGUCAUGAGUGGCUUCGAUCGCGUGCUGCUCGAUGCUCCGUGCUCGGGUACUGGUGUCAUUGCCAAGGAUGCCAGUGUCAAGACGAACAAGACCGAGGCGGAUUUCAUGAAGCUGCCUCACCUCCAAAAACAGUUGAUUCUUGCUGCGAUAGACUCUGUCAACCACCACUCCAAGACGGGCGGUUACAUUGUUUACAGUACGUGUUCGGUUACGGUCGAGGAGAACGAGCAGGUUGUACAGUAUGCGCUGAACAAGCGGCCGAAUGUCAAGCUUGUUGAGACUGGUCUUACCUUUGGCAAAGAGGGAUUCACCAGGAUUGGGGGCAAAACUUUCCACCCGUCCAUGAAGAUGACUCGGAGGUACUACCCCCACACUUACAACGUUGACGGUUUCUUCGUCGCCAAGUUCAAGAAGAUUGGACCUACACCAGCCAACGCCAUUGGUGCCAACGAGGCUUCCAAAAACGGUGGUGGUAACAGCACGGCGGAUGAAAUGGAGGUGGUUGACCGUACUCCUAUUAGGGCUGACAGCGACGAGGAGUCUGACUUUGGUGGGUUUGAUGAGGAGGAGGAUCAAAAGUACAUUGAACGGGGCCAGGCCAAGUCGAUGCGCAAGAAGGGCAAGGAUCCCAAGGCUGUUAUUCCAAAGGGUGAGAAGGGCGAGAAGGGCGCGAAGGAAGCGCCCAAGGUCAAGAACGGCCACGUCAGUGCAAAGGAGCUGGCGGGUCGCAAGGAGAAGAAGAGUGGAGGCGUCGAAGUUGCGACUGAAGUUGCGACAAAGACGACGCCUGGCGCCGAUGGAAAAGAAAGCAAGGUGCUAUCGAAGAAGGAGAGGAGGAAGAGUGGGGAGAACAAGAAGAAGAGCAAGGCGUAGCGCUUCCUUGUUGCUGUGUUGCGACGAGACGUGGCAGGCAGAUGCAUAUAAUCUCUGAAUAGACACCGA